GAGAAAAUUCCUAUGCAUGUACACAAUUUAUUGUAAAAAAUGAUCAAUUGAGACACCUGAUAUUGCAAAGUAAUCAAUAAGUUUCUUUUAUUGUAAUUCGGUUACUAUAGAAACCUCUUCCUCAACCUUCUCAGAUAUAUUUUUUUUUUUUUGCAAUACUGAAAACAUCUUCAUGGUAAUUGGUAUUGUUUCUUACAUUAUGGAGAUGUUUUUUUAAAGAGACCUUAGUCAAUGUUGGAAUAUCCUGUUCUUUUAUCAUAAUACACAAACUGUUAUUGGACUCCAGCUGCCUCCGCUAUUUAACCACUGUUUUAGCUGUAUAAAGGAGAGGGCUUCCUUUGCCUAUUGAUUUUGCAUGAAUUAAAUCCAUUAGACUAUAGUCGCGUGUAUGUGCUCUAUAGCCACUGUGUGUUGUGUGGAGGCUUGUUAAGGCAACAAAUUGCCCAGGUGUGUUGUGCGGAAUAUCACUCUUAUUACAAUGGAAGAGUUGGAGUGACUUAAAUUUGUUCAUCAUGGUUUAAAAGAAUCAUUUGACAAUGGUGUCUCCAUAGUGAAUUUUGUGUGAUAUUCGGUAAAAUAAAACACAGAUGAACUGUGACAGUCCAAACUGAGUGAGAUAAUACAGACCUAGAGAGAGAUGUAUCUCACUGUGCUGCACCUUAUACUGAUACUAGGGUGUCUCCCAACAGGCCUAAAUGCAACCAAUAAUCCACCAACUCUUCUGGACUUCAACAGAUACAUCUUUGUCAAGGAGAACUUUUCAAUAAAUGCUAGCCUUGGAAUUUUGUCUGCAUGGGAUUUAGAUGGACCCAUGGAAAUCCGAUUUACAAUUAAAGAUGAAGUAACAAGAAACCUGGUGCGCUUGAGUGAGCAUUUCGGAGAAAGCACAGAGAAUAGAUCAGUGGAGAUCAUUUUAAUCAAAGAACUAGAUAGGGACCAUGAACCAUCAGACAGAAAGCUGUAUUUCAAUCUGGCCGAUGGAGAGGGCUCCAGCGCUAACAAUUUACCAGUACAAGUGACAAUAUUCAUUAGUGAUGUCAACGAUGAAGUGCCCGAGUUUGUCAGUCUGCGUUAUAAGGAGUCUGUGUAUGAGAAUGCAGCAGUGGGAACCACGGUGAUAAGAGUUUCCGCCCGGGACCCUGACAAUGGUUUGGGGGGCACCGUGUCCUACUCCAUGGAGCCUGUAGCUCAGGCAGCAGAUGAGCUUUACAAAAAUGCCUUCCGUAUAGACAGAGACACUGGAGAUAUCAUCAUCAACUCGUCCCUGGACUUUGAGCAGCACAAUUUCUAUGAGUUUGUUAUCAAAGCAAAAGAUGGCUUUGGCAAUGCGAGUACGAGCAAUGCAGACUUUGUGGUGACUGUUCUAGAUGUACAAGACACGCCCCCUUCUUUCUUCAAUUUACCAUAUAGCAUUGCAGUGCAAGAGGACAAAGCAGUGGGUGAGCGAGUCCUUCAGGUAACAGCAUUAGAUGGAGACAGAGGAGUUCCGAAUGGCAUCAAAUACACAUUUGUUGCAGGUGAUUAUCAGAAUUUCAAUGUUGACUCAAACACUGGUUGGAUCACCAUCAAAACAGAACUAGAUCGAGACGCAGCCUCGGUACAAGACAGCGGUGGGGUGUACGCCAUGUAUGUCAAGGCCCAAGAAAUUAUGUCUGGGGUAAACUAUGGAAACACCACAGCAACCACUUUGGUAACAAUAUCUGUGUCAGAUGUCAACGACAACACGCCAGCAUUCAACCAUAACAAUUACACAGCUACAAUUCAGGAGAAUAUGCAGAAUGGGGUGCCUGUCAUCUUCACUGCCAAUACCAUCAUGUCUGUCAACGACAUCGAUCAGGGACUGAACAGUUACUUUGAAAUCACUCUGGAAAAGGAUGGCCAGCCUUUCUAUGACUUUGCACCCUUACCAAAGGAAGUCUUCUCCGAGUCCUCCAUUUUGAUCCGAGUGAAUAAUUCAGUAGACCUUGAUUAUGAGAAGAGGAGAACAGCUACAUUUGAUGUAAUUGCUAGGGAGCUGCGGACCAAUCCAAAGAGAAGUAGUUCAGUCAGGAUGACCGUCCACAUACUCGAUGUCAAUGAUAACCAGCCACAGUUUCACAACUCUUCCUAUUCAGCACAGAUUGCAGAAAACUCUCCCCCUGGGACUACGUUCAUAACAUUAAAGGCAACAGAUCUGGACUCGGAAGUGUAUGGAGAAAUCACAUACUCUGUAAGGGGAGGAAAUGGAAGAUUCGGAAUCCACAAUAAAACUGGGGAUGUAUAUAACACCGAGACCUUAGACCGGGAGAAAAUCAAUGAAUAUUACAUUACUGUGGAAGCUAAAGAUGGCGGGGGAUUCCGAACGACGGUAGAACUGAAUGUCAGAGUAAUGGACACGAAUGACAACAGACCACUCUUCACUAGGGAAGCUUACUUCGCCUCACUGAAGGAAGGUGCAACCUCAUUUAUCAGAGAACUCAAGCUGGAGGCUUUAGAUCUGGACGAGGGCAUCAAUAGCCGUGUCCUGUACUCUAUAUACCACAUAGAACCACACUUCCCAAACACCUUUGUGAUAGACAACAUUACUGGUGUGGUCAGACUGACCAGGACACUGGACUAUGAGCAGCUGACCCACAGUGGUCAAGUACUGCUGGAGAUCCAGGCCUGUGACCAGGGAGGUCCAUCGCUGUGUUCAAACAUCAAUGUUACCAUCGAUGUUGAGGAUGAAAAUGACAAUCCACCUAUUUUCAAUCAAACUAUGUACCAAGUCAGUAUUUACGAAAAUGCCACCAUUGGAUCAUCAGCCGUGAAAGUAGACGCAUAUGAUUUAGACGGAACGGCCCCGAACAAUGAAUUUGUUUUCCGUAUUGAAAGUGCGUCUAUAGACAAGUUCAGAGUAAACUUCAGAACGGGAGAAGUGAUGGUGGAAUCGGAUCUAGAUCAUGAGCAGAAAUCUUCCUAUUCCCUGAAUAUUUCUGCUACAGAUCGAGGUUCAGUGUCAUUGGAGGGCUAUUGUCUUGUAAAUAUAAAUGUAUUGGAUGUAAAUGAUGAGGUGCCAUAUUUUGAAACACGGUCACAGUCUAAAACUAUCCCAGAAAACAUGUCUACUGGGUCACCCAUUGUAACAAUAACGGCUGUGGAUACAGAUAGCAACCCGAGACUUAGAUAUGAGAUUCUGCAGGACUCAAUCCUGGCCACUGACGAAGAGGGUAGAGAUGUGAAUGUCACAGCUAACAACAUUCAGAAUUACUUUGAUAUAGAGGAUACAACUGGUAUUGUGUUUGUAAAAUCUGAGCUGGACAGAGAAACAGCAGAAAAAGUAGAGCUAAAAAUUCUUGUCCGAGACCUCAACGGAUGGCACCCAUCAGCCGAUCAACAAACUGCAACUGCCACAUUGACAGUGACAUUACAGGAUGUCAAUGACAAUCACCCACUAUUUCUCCCUGGGCCGGAGUAUCAUGUGAAUGUUUCUGAGGGGAGGGAGAUCAACGACUUGGUGCUCACUGUAUCAGCUGUGGACCAGGAUAAGAAACAGUCCAUCACUUAUAGUAUAGGACAGGAUUCUAUCAACUCAUUCCAAAUCAACAAUCCCAGUAUUGGAACUGUGACUCUGAGGCAGCAGUUGGACUAUGAAAACAAUCAUGUUGUAAGCUUCACAGUGACAGCUACAGAUUCUGGUAGUCCUGCUCUAACAUCGACUGCCACUGUCUCAGUCUCGCUGAUUGACAUCAAUGAUAAUACACCAGUGUUUCAACCACACGCAACACAGUAUUCAAUAGAGGAAAAUUCUCCCAAUGGCACAGUUGUGGGAAGCAUUAUUGCAACAGAUCAAGACAGUGGGAGGUUUGGAGACAUCUUCUACACCCUGCAAGUCACAAAUGAUGACCACAGUCUCACUAUUGACUCUAAAACAGGCACUAUUUUUGUCCUGACGCCAUUGGAUAGGGAAGUAAGAGAGGAAUACAUUCUGUAUGUCACAGCCACAGACAACAUCAACGGCAACCCUAACCAGCAACGCUCAGAGAGAACGGGGGCGAUAUUUGUCAAAGUGACAGACGUCAACGACAAUCAUCCAGUCAUAAAUAACGUUGGAACCAUUCCAAAAACGGUUGUGGAGAAUUCUCAGAACAAUAGUAUCGUGGAAGUGAUAUCAGCCAGCGACGCAGACAUUGGAGCGAAUGCUGAGUUAGAAUUCUCACUACUGUCUGGACUCGCUAAUGUCAGUGACAGCUGGUUCUACAUCACCACGCAGUAUAACAAUGAUAUCAAGAACAAUGAGGGAGUCCUUCGCACCAGGAGAUCCUUACUAGGAAAUGUAGGGAUGUAUUUUAUUACAGUCAAAGUUGAAGACAAAGGAACGCCUACACGUCUGUCCUCCAACAUGACUCUUUUAAUAGAAGUCGUCGAAUCCAAUGAAAAUCUUAAUCAGCCUCAAUUUGUGGUCCCAAAGGGGCCUAUUGCUACCCUGCAAAUUAAGGAGCAACAAGCAAUUGGUACUACUGUGAUACAGGUUAGUGCUACCGAUGCUGACCACGGUAAAAACGCUGAAGUACAUUACUAUCUGGCACCGGAGAAAGACUACACAAAAUUCCAGAUACACAAGGACACUGGCCUGUUGACCACUAGACAGGUGCUGGACAGAGAACAGCAGGCUGUGUUUGAGAUCAAGAUCAUUGCCAAUGACAGUGGUAUUAUAAAUGUCCUGGAGAACUCCAUAACAAUCUUUGUCCAACUCUUGGACAUUGAUGACCAGGAACCCGAGUUUCCACGACGACCAGACAUGGAGCCAUACGUCUUGGGACCAGUUCCUGAGGAACACUCCAUGGAAUUCUGUGGUACUGUGGAUGUGGCCAUAGACCGAGACAGCCAUGUCAACAACAGUCUCAUCUUCUAUUAUAUUAUAGGUGGAGAUCUGAUGGAUCAUUUCUACCUCAACCAAACAGGCGAGUUGUAUUUAAUGAAAGCUGUUGACAGAGAUGGCGACGUGACCGGAACGCCCAUUAAUUUUAUAAACUUAAUCAUUUGGGCCACUCCAUUGGGAUACCUCAACAUUGACAAAUACUCCACAGCAGAAGGAAGCCAGAGACUAACAGCUCCCUCGUUAGAAAUGCGACCGCCCGACGAUUAUGAUACGAGCAACACAACUCAGUUGUGGGUUCUCGUUACCAUAAAUGAUAUUAAUGACCACCCACCAAAGUUCAGGAAUCAGAACCUUAGUGUAGGAAUCACCAGAAAAACUCAGUUCCAGGAGACAAUAUUUACAUUCAGUGAUGAAGUAACAGACUUGGACUCGGGAAACAAUUCUGUUCACACGUUCCACUUGAUGUCCCUCACAAUUCAUCCCGAGGGUCUAAGGAAUGCAUUGUCCAGUGAUCCACUGAGUCUGUCUAGUGACGGAGUUGUCAGGACCAACACUAUAUUCCAGUCUGAUAUGUCAGGUUAUAUUCUAAUGGAAGUCAGUGCCCAAGACAGUGAUGGAAAAAUGGCUAAUGCCUCAUUAAGGAUUUCCUUGAUUAACGAUGAUCAAAGAGUUAAAGUAAUCUAUAGAAUGAAUCCAAUGCAAGUGAGAAAAUUUUCAGAGGAUUUCAGAAGUAAACUGGAGAAAAUAACAAAUUACCAUAUUGUUGUGGAUAAGAUCCAGACCCAUGAGAAUUCGGAAGGAAAGCCAGAGGCUGAUAAGACUGAUAUGUUCAUUCAUGGAGAAGUCAUUAAGCCAUUCAGAAUUGUCGCUGCUGCUGAACUAUUAAGUAAAAUUGAUGGAGAAGCCUCAGCACUGGUGCCCAUUUUGAAUGAAUACAACAUUCUACAAAUUGUGUCCGCAGUUCAGAAGACAGAGGAGGAAGACUCGAACCGACUACUUAUCAUGGGGUUGAUCUUGCUGGCCAUCAUUUUGGGAAUUCCAUGUAUUGUCAUGGCGAUAGUUAUAUUCUUAAUUACAAAGUCGUAUCAAAGAAAACUGAAGGCAGCCACUGCCAUGGUAUAUGGACAGGAGAAUGAUAUGCAAAAGGCCAAGCUGCCUGGAACAAACCUGCAUGCCUAUGAGAAUGCCAAUCCUAUUUUCUUGGAGAAAGUAUUAUCACAAGAAUCACAAGACUUUGAUGACACUGAUUCCGUGGACAACAACGCAGUGGACGCUGCUGUCCCCCAGACAGUGGACACACAGGAGGUGUCCAUGACAUUUAAAUCCGACAAUCAUAUAGACCCUCUUCAGUACGCAACAGUCAAAAAUAUCAGUGCUGUGAUAAGUUCCCAGGAAAACGGCUAUGGCCACAGAAAUCCACUGUUUUCAACAUUUAAUGGAGAUACUCCAAAACCAAAUAUGAUUAACGGUUUGCAAGCUUCUGACAUUUAACGAAGUUUUGUGAGAGUAUGGAGAAUUUCCACCAUUUCAUUGUGAUAUUAUAAAUUAUUCAAAGCAUGGUGUGAUACGACAAGGAAUUUCUUGUCCCAUUUCUGUCAUGUGUCGUCUGAGUGGUAAAUGAUGCAGGUUGCAUUUUUGUAUCUAUGUUUUGUAAAUACAUUAUGUAUGUACAUGUGAUUAUUGUACAUCUGUGUUAAGCAUUUUAUACAACAGUAUGACACAACUACAAUUACCUCAUUUUCUUUAUUUCAUUUGCUUGUGCAGACUACAUUUUUGCUUUACAGAUUUUAGUUUUACCUUUGUAAACAGAAAUUUUAUUUUGAAUGUGCAGACUACAUUUUAUUCCCUUUUUUUUUUUUUUCUUUUUUAAAUUUUCAUUUAUUUUUUUUUGCGCUAUAGAUUUUAGUAACCUUUGUAAAACAGAAAUUUUCUUGAGGAGGCCCAGCACCAAAGAUGCUAAACUCCAAAACUUGCAACUCCAUCAUGAAAAAUGGUAUUGAUUGAAUUACCUUUACACAAGGAAUAUAUGAUAUUGGACAUCUAAACUCUCAUGGUUACAAAGUUCUAGGGUAUAACAGAUAAUCUGAAUGACAUGUCUCCCUAAUUGUCACUAUGCCGGUCAGGCGUUAAACAACUCAAUUUUGAAAAUUUAUUUAUAAUUUAAAAUUAGAGCAACUGUAUUUUAUCCACUAUAUGAUGAAGCAUAAUGAAUUCCAAGCACAGUAUUUUUAUACGCUUACAUGAUGCCCCCCCCCAAAACUAAUAUAUUUUUGUGAUUUACGCAAUCUGAAUCCAUGUGUAAAGUAAAAUAAAUUCAUAUUCCUUUUUUUUAUGUUGAAAAUCAUCAUCAUAAUGAAGCAUAUAUUCUCUGAAAACUUUACAACUGAAUGAUGUUGGGUAUGAAAUAUGGACCACCAUUUUAAUCCAGACUGUAGCCUAAAAAUGAUGGCACUGUAGCAGAAUUUCAUGAUCAGUCUUAUGUUGAAGAGAUCAGUAAUCAUCAGAUACUUACAAAAUGCAAACCAUAUAAGCAGAAUUUUUAGCAAGGAUUGAAUUUUGGCAUUAGCGAGGGUAUUGAGGUAAUAAUUAUUUUUCUUGGAAUUAUAAAGUCGCUAAAAUUAGCUCUCGAUAAAUUUAUGUUCCCAAUUUUAUGGAAGAUGCGCUAAAUGCAUGUUUUUCUUUAUAAAAAAGUUCCACUUUAUAAUAUAUGGCAUUUUUAUGUGCUAGCUUUAGAGAAGCAGUAUUUUGAUAUUAUGAUAUUUGUAUGUUGAGUAUGUACAUGAUUUAAGGGACCAAUUUUGAGGUUGUGAUAGGUCAGAUUUUGUACAGUUGUUGUUAUAAGAGAAAUAGAAAACUAGAUUAUAUAGUUUUUAUAUUGUUCUAAAUUUGAUGUUUGUUUGAAUUGAUCCCUGUAUCUAUUGUCAAAUGUGUGAAGUUCAGCAACUCUUGCCAUAGUAGGAAGUCCUCGCUCACAAAGUGCAAUUAAUAUUUUCAAUUUAAUUUUCACAUCUGUUUAACUAAGGUAUUCAGAAAGCAAGCCAUAUACAUGUGCAUUAACUAUGAUGUACAAUAAGUGGUUGAAGAAUGUGAAUGGCAAGUGUAAGUAAAAAUUCACAAAACUUUUAUUUGACAGGAAAAAAGGAUAAAGCAUGCAAAAAUUUUCUGAAGUCUUGUCUUAAAUUUUAGUGGAAUCCAUUGUUUGCUGUCUUGUCACUUUGUGAGUUGUAUGGUUUCUGAAAUGUGUCAUGUAUUAUCAGAUGAAAUCAAAAUGUAUGUUGCAUUAUAUGUUAUUUAUUAAAUUGCUAACAUUUUGCAGGACAAA